AUGUCGACGCUGGAGAACUGCACCGAUGCGUUGCUGCAGCAGAAGGUGGUACAGUCCAGUAACUACGAGCGGCUUGAGUCUCGCCUGAUGGAGAUGGAGCGGGCGAAGCGGUCGCUUUUUUUCGGCCUGAAGGAAGUCAUCACAGACGUCGAGCGCCGACGGCAGGAUCUCGGUGAGCUGCGGGAGGAGAGCGCACGACUGCAGCAGCAGCUACAACAGGGAUCUGUGAAGUUCGGUGCGCUGACGGCGUUCAUGAGCGAGGAACAGAAGAAGGCUGUGGGACUGGAAGAGACGCUGGAGAGCUGCGCGACUGCGUGGACAGGCUUCCCGGCGCGUGUGGCGCUGCUCCUCCGCGCGCUGCAGGAGCGCAGCGCCUUCCGUCAGCAGCUCGGCGAGGUUGUGAAGAGCUUAAACCGGGUACGCACACUUGUUGGGGUGGUGCAGCGUGUGGACGCCACCAAGGUGCUGCUGCAGGAGCGGCUCAACGAGCAAGGCAAGGACGCUGAACGGAUUAGUGGCAUACUGCAGCAGCGUCAAGAGGAUCAUGAGACCCUUCAGAAGGACCUACGGCAGCGCUUGGGGGCGGCGCACGACGAUGGUGGGCAGCUGUGGCGCGACUCACAGACGAAGGAACAGCUGCUUCUUCUGCUCGAGGCGUCUUGGGCGGUGGCACACCUCUCCACCGCGGCGGCGGAGGGGCGCAACGCGGUGUACCGCACAUCGCUCCAGUCUGCGCUACAUGUUGCCGAUGCACACUGCGCAGUGCGGGAGCGACUCGCGCUUGCCGUCAAAUUCGGUGAGUGGCGUUGCGCCCAGCUGCGCGAAGCCGUCGCUGCUGGGACGGCACAAGUGCACACCGUGACGGAGGCGCUGAACUCGCUCGUAGCGGCUGUGGUGGCUCAGAAGGAAUGUGUCAUUCUCAACCGCGAGCGAGUGGCGCAGGAGGCGAUGGGGCUGCGUGAGCAGCUGCAGCACACAGUGCGCACGGCCGUGCCGGCGCUGGAGCGUCGUGGGGCGAGCCUCCGCAACUUGCAAGCGGCCCUCUGCGCUUUUCAGGACUUGCAGCGAGCGCGUCUUGUGCACAUACGGCGUGAGCAAACCGCUCGCGAGGCGGCCGUUACUGCUGCACGCGUGGCACAAGAGGCGCGGGCGGCUGCCCGGCGUCUGCGGGCGCUGCAGCAGGAGGCCCGCG